UUUGUUAUAUAUAUGUAUCAUAUUUUAACACCAUAGUCCCAUGUUUUACAGGUAGCUACUGGAUAUGAACAACUAGUGCUGCUGAUCAAAGAUGGUCCUGAUUGCAAAAAUGCUGUGGAAUCGCUUUUUUAAUGACAUAGCAUAAAAUAACUUCAGGCAACUUAUUUACAAUCCAAAAGCUAACAUCAGCGUCAUCAAGGAGCCUGGAGAAUGUUCGCGUUCGUGACCUUUAUGGUUUGCGCAUGCGCACUUCGACGUUCGUGGGCGGUUGGACCGGAUGAUACCAGUUCUGACCAGUGUCCGGUACAAGACAGCGGCCGAGCUAAUUUUGCUAUACAUCAUUUAAAUGUUUUUUUUUUUUUUUUUUUUUUUUACUGUUUGAUGACAACGCUAACUUGACAAGCUAAGUAUUUUGUUAUUAAAACGUUUGGUUUUCCUUUAGGUCCGAGCAGGACAAAAACGCUAAGUAAGGCGUCUCUUUUUGGCUAGUUGCUAGCUCAGAAGUAUACAGAAUUCAUUUAUUUGAUGGUAUUAUUCCUUUUCACGCAGAGGUUUAAUGUCAAAAGUUACCUGGUGUAGUCAACCAAAUCUUCUAACAGAAAAAGAUAAAAAAAUAAAUUAACAAUCAGAUUGGAUAAUACUUGCAUAACAACAUUGUAUAGUUCUCUAAACAGCCAUGCACUUUUUUAUACUUGGAUUAUUAGGAAAGAGAGAUGGACAGGUAUGCCAUAUUGAAAAAACGGAAGCCCCAGCAUCAACUGACACUCACCGAGGAUGAGCUAAAAGAAGAAAUAACAAAGGUCCUGACUACAGACAACCCCCAUGCACCACAAAAUAUUGUCCGAUUCAAUUUUAAGUACAGAAAAUGCAGCAACCAGUGCGGGAGUAGAAUCCCAUAAGGAUGACUUGAAAGUCCAGGCUGACAAGGACAGAGUGGAAGGCAGUGUGGCCUCCAAAGCUGACACGAACAAAAUAAAAUGUAAAAAUGAAGCCCACUUCGUUGAUAGAGCUACUCAGACUCUAAACUUUUCUAAGAGGGAAAUAGGUUGCAGCCCUGAACAUCCUUGCAGGACUUUCUCUGCUACUGCUAAUCAGUGGGAUAUCUAUGAUGCCUACCAACAUAGGCAUGAAGAAAGCAUAAAACAGAGUUGUUAUCCUGCCGCAGUAGCCAAUACAGUCAAGAUACUGGAAAAAAUGGUCCACCAAAAUGCAGUUGCUGAUAUAGUACAAGAUUUUGCAUGCUUUGAGGAUGAGGCUGAUAGGUUCAGGGGCCAGGAGGGCGUCCUUCUGCCUCUGUGGAAGUUUCAGCAUAAAAAAGCCAGAAGAUUUUCUGUUACUGCCCUCUGCUGGAGUAGCAAGUAUCCCCAACUGUUUGCUGUUGGAUUGGGGUCAGUGGAUUACAUUAGUAAACAAGAAGGAGGCCUGAUUAUCUUGUACUCACUGAAGAACUCCUUUUUACCUGAGCACAUCUUCCCCACAACAUCUGGCGUCAAGUGCCUUGACAUCCACCCACAACAUCCCAGUCUGCUGGCUGUGGGCUUCUAUGAUGGCUGUGUGGCCAUUUACAGUAUGGGGAAGAAGGGCUUGAAGCCUGUUUGCAAGGGAACUGUCCCAGAGCCUAGCUCGUUCACAAAUCCUGUCUUUCAGGUGUGCUGGCAGAAUAAUGAAACAGACAAUAACCACAGAUUUGUUUCUGUGGAUGCUGAUUUCCGAGUGUUGUCUUGGACACAGAUCAAGCACGAGCUCUUCUGCACAGAGAUGCUCAGGCUAUCACUGACAGAUGAUCCCUCUGAUGAAGAACAACUGCAGAACCUGCCUGGUGGGACAUCACUUGACUUCCAUAAACAGAUUGAUCAUGUGUACCUAGUUGGCACAGUGCAAGGAAAAAUACACAAGUGCUCCGAGUGUCACUCAGACAAGUUCUUGAUGACCUACGAUUCCCACAGCUCGGAAGUCUGCACCGUGAAGUGGAACCACUUCCAUCCAAGGGUUUUCAUCUCUUGCAGUUUUGACAGGACUGUCAAGGUCUGGGAUGAUACCAUCAAAGAUCCAGUGUUCACCUUUGAUCUGAGGUCACAAGUUGGAGAUGUUGCCUGGGCUCCAUACUCCUCCACUGUCUUUGCUGCUGUCACAGUAGAUGGGAUAGUUCAUGUAUUUGACCUCAACAUCUGCAAAUAUGAGGCCAUCUGCCAACAGCGAGUCGUGGCCAAAGAGAAGACCAAGUUGACCUGCAUUCAGUUCCAUCCAGUCAAUCCCGUGAUCAUUGUGGGUAAUAGCCAAGGGGGUGUGAACAGCUUCAAGCUCUCCCCUAACCUCCGCAAAAUGUCCAAGGCUCGGGGUCCACAACCAGAGGUAGACAAGAUGGAGACGUGUCUAACCUACAACCCUGACCUACCUUAACCAGACUCUCUGGACUGUGUGUGUCCACUUUGUCCUCUCUGAGUCAAAGUGUCUUUCUGUCUGUUGUGUUUGUUUUUAAACCGGCUGCUGUUCAGCUUGGUUCCAGUUUAGAUCAUUUCACUUUGCUUUUCAAGUGUUCUGGAUCUCUAGGAAGAUAACAGGAUUUUAGACUGACCUUUAGUGAGUUUGUUAGUUAGUUUUAAUUUUAUUUCUGCCCAAACUUUGUUGUGCCACAGGAUUUUUCAAAUGUGUUUUGCUGGGGAAAAUGUAAGUAAGUUAAAGACAAAUUCGUCAGAUACUAAAUUUAAGUGAGAAUUAGAAUGAGAAAAUGUGAAUUUCUCAACAUUUGUUAGUUUUUUUUAUCUAUAUCUCACAGAAAUGUUUUCAGUUUAGAAAUGAUUAGAAUUAAAACCAGUAAUAUUUAAUUGGAAACAAUGCAAUCAAAUAAACACAGUUCAGACUGAAA